GUUGUUGCUACGAGGCUACGGGAGCGUUCUCUUCGGUUUGGGACAGCGUUCAAUUCGGCCAUUAAUUUCGGAGCUUUCGUAUAGUGAAGAUAAACGUAUAUACGUAUUUCAUUAGUGAUCGAAUUGAUCACAAAACGCGUCCAGUAUGGUAGGGACAAGGGUCUAUGUCGGUGGACUUCCAUAUGGAACCAGGGAAAGAGACCUUGAGCGAUUUUUCAGAGGCUACGGUCGUUUCCGCGAUGUUCUCAUCAAGAAUGGUUAUGGCUUUGUUGAGUUUGAUGACUAUCGAGAUGCCGAUGACGCCGUGUACGAAUUAAACGGAAAAGAGCUUUUAGGAGAAAGAAUUACUGUAGAGAGGGCCCGGGGGACACCUAGGGGUAGUGACCAGUGGCGCUAUGGUGACUCCCGUGGUGGUUAUGGGGACUCGAGGCGAUCUGCCCGAGACGAUAUGCGGCACGACAGAGAUAGUGUGAACAGAAACACGAGGACUGCAUCUAGCUACAAGCAAUCAUUGCCCAGAUAUGGUCCACCGACACGCACCGAGUAUCGUCUCACCGUGGAGAAUCUGUCCAGUCGUGUCAGUUGGCAGGAUCUGAAGGAUUACAUGAGACAAGCUGGUGAAGUUACAUAUGCUGACGCCCAUAAGCAACGUAGAAACGAAGGAGUUGUUGAAUUUGCUACAUAUUCCGAUUUGAAGAAUGCUAUCGAUAAGUUGGAUGAUACAGAAUUGAAUGGCCGUAGAAUACGGCUAAUCGAAGACAAGAGACGUGGUCGGCGCUCACGAUCAUCAAGCUCGAGAUCACGAUCGCGAUCUCGAUCAAGAUCACGUCGACGAUCACGCUCUCGUUCAAGAAGUCGUCGUAGCUCUCGCAGUCGCAGCCGACGUAGCAGUCGUUCCAAAUCAAGAGCGCAUUCAAAGUCCAAGUCCAAGUCUAAAUCCAAAUCUCCCGAACGCAGUCGCUCACGUUCUAAAUCCAAAUCAAGAGACCGCUCAAAGUCGAAAUCUAAGUCAAAGUCCAAAUCCAGAUCUCGUUCUAGGUCCAAGGCUGAGAGGUCAAAGUCCAGGUCGCAGUCCAAAUCCAAAGCCAAGUCUCCCUCAAAAGAUAGAUCGAGCCGCGAACGCUCUCGUGGCGACCGAUCCAGAUCCCGAUCAGGAAGCAAACACAGCAAGAGCCGGAGUCGUUCUCGCUCACCUAUGAACGGCGACAAAUCUCCAGAAAGCAGCAAGCAGAAAGCUGACUGAGAAAGCUGAACUGUGGGAGCAGUGAUGAAGAAACAAACCUCUAUCUUUUUUUUUUCUUUUAAUAUUGGAUCAGAUUUAAACCGUCAUGGGUUGCGAUUUUUGAUCGUUAAUUGUAACAAACAAAUAAAAAUUAUACGUUAAGUCUAUACACAUAUUACACGCUAUACAAAAGUCUUAUCACCUUUAAAAAACUUUGGAAUAUUUUAAGUACCACCGCUUACUUUUAACGAUCACACUAUAUAUUUAACUAUAGAGUCAAUGAUUGUUUUCUUUUCAUUGAAACUAUGGCUGCCAGUUUUGAUCGUAAUCUUUUCUUUUGUAUUUUCUCUUUUUUUUUUUUUUUUUUUUUUUUUAACGAUAAUACACAUCCGACAUAAAACUCGCAUUUAGACGAAUCGAACAUCUCGGUGUAUCGUAUUAAACAUACGAAUUUCCUCGAACAGGUUUUUGUAUAUAUUCCUAAGUGAUUACAUUACAAUGGGACAUGUGAUGUGUAUCAAAUCUUAGUAGUAAGAAACAUCUUAUUGUCAAUAAACUUCAUGUCAAGGCACACUGA